CAAGCGUGGUGGAUGUCGUUGGUCGUUGCGCUGAGCAAAAUGUUUAUCCCUUCGAGAAUUGAGCAUUUUCUCACGAUCACAUCCAGAAUCGCAUUUAUCACACAAUUCCUACAGUGCUGAACCGGCUGAGAGGACUCACAAUACGUGCUCUCAAGGUACACACAAAUAGACUUUUUCCGCAAGGAGUUUCAAGUGUUUUCCAUUCUUGAGAGGGAAAAAAAAACAAAAAACGUUCCGCCAAAUCUAUAAACAGUGUUUGUGUGGCUCCUUUCCGGGACAGAGAUUUUCCAUCACGUACGCAAGAAUUCAAUUUCUCUGCAAAUUUUCCUUCGCGAAGGUGCCGGAGUCAUUGAUCCGGGAUACGUGAGUGAGUACGUGCUGUCGUUUUGGGUGAAUGUGUGCCACAGUGAGAUAAGAAUCGAGAGACGAGGAAUCCUCCAAAGGAAAAUCGAUAAGGGUGUGCAUUGAAUUCGGCGGAAGAAUAAGAGGGUCAUCGCGUUUCUUCUCUGCCGGUGUGAUCUCUUCUUGGACUAUCGCGCGCGCAUUCUUCGGCUAAUGAGGAGUCAUUAAUUUUUGCCUCCCAGAGGAAGAGAACUAAAAAGUCGAUAAACAAAUUGAUAGGAUAUACAUAUAAGAAUUGCGUGAAGAAGUGGUGACAAAGAGGACAAUCGCGUAUAAGGAGAAUAAAUCCCACGUGAAGAUCAUUAGCCGGGCAGAGUUGUUGACAGUCAAGUUUAAGGACUGCCAAGAGUGUGCUUAAACACAGUGUUGUGGCAUGAGUUGCAUUUGGCGGCGAAGGAAGUGGCAGAGUGCAGUGUUUUAAUUGCUAAUUUCUCUAUCAAUUUGCCCCACAACGAGGCGAGCACAUUAUAAGCUAAAGUGGUUAUUUAGAAAGAAUACGCAUCCAAAGUCACUUCAUCUUGCAAUUCACCAACUUGUCGAGUGAAUGUUCUGGCAAGUUCCACUUGACUCAUUUAACUCAUACUUAAUCCUCGCUCUCUUGGACUGAACGUUUAAGUGGAGGAACAGUUUUUCCGUCAUCAUCAUCAUCAUCAUCAUCAGUGCAUUGCCUCAGCUUGAUGCCGAAGGAGAUCUGACAAGUCCAGACGCGCAGAAAAGUUUGUGCUCUGCUACACAUAUUUUCACAUCCCUGAGAGAUAAGCUUGGGCUUUUAGGGGGUGUUUUUGGCAAACUUGUGUAAGCCAAUGUGGAGGGAAGUUUUGCCGCCCUGCGAGUGAAUUUGUGAACGGUGUGCGUGUUGAGAAGUAAUUAAUACAAUUGUGCUUUAGGAGAGAUUGUCCGUGCAAUUUGUUGCGAGAGAAAGUUUAAUUAAGUGCAGAUUGGCGAUAAAUAUUCAAUUUGUGUUUGCACAGACAGUGACUUUCCGGUGAUUUAAUUGCACACAUAUAUAUUGGAGUAGACUCUUUUCCGUGGUGACAAUGUCGUCCAAAUUGGUGUCACUUCUGAUGAUAGUGUGCCUCAGCGCGGCUUGGGGUGCUAAUUGGGACCACGCUGUGGACCUCAAUGAGAACUUUCGACUCCUGUGGACGGUGCGCGGUGCAGAGAUAACAAUGGAGAUCCAGGCCAAGACACUGGGCUACGUUGGUGUUGGCUUUUCUGAGGAUGGAACGCUGUCUGGUGCUGACAUGGCCAUCGGAUGGGUGGAUCAAGGACAGCCAUACUUUCAGGAUCGACACGUGAAGAAGAAUAGCGAUGGUGAGCCUGUGGUGGAUCCAUCUCAGGACUACGUCCUCCUGCUCGGCUACGAGAAUGCCACUCACACUGUCCUGCGCUUCCGCAGGAAACUCGACACUUGUGAUACAUAUCAUGACCUCCCAAUUACGAAUGAUACCAUGAGAGUGAUAUUUAUGUAUCACGAGAACGAACCACGACGCGGUGCUGUCACGCCUGGCAGCCUGCCGAAGCCUCUGGAGGCGUAUCGCGGCUACAGACCACUCUUCCUCACGCAGCGCGUCAGCCAAGAUGCCAUUAAGUUGGACCUGAAGAUCAGAACGCUGGAGCUGAGGAAUCAGGAUGUGGAGCUUCCGCAGAGCGAUACCACGCUGUAUUGGUGCAAAGUGUUCAAGCUCACCGAUAUCAAUAAGAAACAUCACUUAGUCAAGUACGAACCAGUGUUCGAGUCAACAGCCAGUCAACCGUACAUGCAUCACAUCGUAUUGUACGAAUGUCAAGGAUCCUCCAAUGAGCUGGAGCUGCUGUCACGAGAACAAGGGCGCCCUUGUUUCCAGCCGGACAACCCCAGACAGUGCAACGUUGUGGUCGCCACUUGGGCAAGAGGAUCAGAAGGUUUCACAUUUCCACAAGAAGUCGGCUACCCACUUGACAUCUACCAGGCGCGCUAUUAUAUGAUGGAGACUCACUACCAUCACGCCAUGGACGGAGUGGGUGUCAAUAUUAACUCACCGCCGAUGGUGGACAAUUCCGGGCUUCGCCUCUACUAUACACAGGCCCUGAGGAAGUUCGACGCCGGCGUUCUGUCAGUCGGAAUUGAUCCAAAUUGGCGCCACAUCAUCCCACCGGGUCAGGAGCGAGUCAUCUCCGAGGGUCACUGCAUUGAAGAGUGCACAAGACCCGCCUUCCCACCGCAAGGCAUCAACAUAUUCGGCGUGAUGAUGAGAACUCACCAGAUUGGGAAGCAGGUGCGCCUCAGGCAAAUCCGUGGCCAUGAAGAGCUGCCGCCCGUGGCCUCGGACAGCAACACGGACGCCAACUACCAAGAGUACAGGCGUCUCACGACACCCGUGAAGGCAUAUCCUGGCGACAGACUCGUGGCGGAGUGCACGUACGACAGCUCAUCGCGCAAGGCCAUCACGCUGGGCGGGAAGACGACACGAGAGGAAACGUGUCUUGUUCUGGCACUCUAUUAUCCGCGACAGAAGGAGCUCACGGUUUGCCAUUCACUUCCGAGCCUUCCCACUGUAUUGCACUCCCUCGGCAUUGAGGAGUUGGCAGUCAAUUCAAAUCCCGUCCUGAUCCUGCUGCCGGCAGAAUUGGCCGGCAUGACACUGGAAUCGCGCCUCGUGACGUACGACUGGGCGAAUCAAUUUGACAGCUUUCAGCGAAUUACUCGCCGAGGGUCCUUUAAGCCACUCUGCUGGGGUGCCAAGAACACUUUAAUUCCGGGUACUGAAUACAUUGAGGCGCACAGUCCGAACUUGACCAAAGUGUGGCAUCCGCCACUGACGUGUAGCUCAAAGACGCGCUUCGUGACGCAGAACAACCUGGAUGUGCCCGUGCUGGAGGAGGACGAAAGCGCCAAUGUGAUCGAGGGCGCCGCGCGAAGCAAAGUGUCACGCAGCUCCGCCACGGAAACCAUGGGCUUGAGCAAUGCGACGAACCUAAGGCACUUUCUGGCACUGCUGUCGCCACUCGUGGCGCUGCUACCGCUCUUCAUGGCGAACUUCAUGGCACCUUAAGUGUUUUGGCGGGAAUUUUGCUGCAAGCACAAAUCCCAAAAAACACUGUAAAUAAUAUUUGCUAGUUUUGUUGACUCUUCGCGCUCCACCCAAAAGUCCUUCUUCCACACCAUAUAGUUUUGUGAGUGUGUGUUUUAUUCACCAAAAGACGGACAGAACUUUUGGGGGAACCCAAUAAAUUUUGACACGAAGCCAUGAAGCGCGCGUUCGCUGAUGAAAGAAGUGUGUGUAAACAAAUGUGAUUAUUCAGAGGAUUGUCACCUUUGAAUCCCCCCCCCCUCUCCCCCCCAGUUUAAAGUAAGAGACAGAGAAUAAGAAAUUAAAGUGCAUAAAUGCAUAAAUUUGUAAAUACUACAGUAAAUAUAUAUAAAUUAUACUCAUAGGAGUUCCGAGGGUAUUUUGUAAAAAGAAGAAAGAAAAAAGUAAGUAGAUGAAUGAAUAAAAUGUAAGAAUUAGGAAACUUUUUGAAAUCAACAUUUGACACUUCUUCUUUUUUUUUAAUUCUCUGUACAAAGAUUUGUUUGUAAUUCAUUUUUUUUUUAUUUCUCCUAGUCAGACGAAGAUUGAGGGCUUUUGUAUCAUUUUAGUUAAGAAGUCUAAUCAAAGUUUCAAUUAGUUAUGCAGUAGAUAUUUUUUUGUUUUAUAUAAAACAUAUUGUAUGACCAUUUGUGUUGUAUACUGAAUAAAACCAUAUAUAAAUUGAUGUAUAGGAGUUAUUUUUUUUUUAAUUUAAAAAUCAUAGAUUUAGUAGAUUAAAGAAAUAUGAAUGACAAAUCGUCCUGAAUUCAUCCAAUGCAGCUAAUAUGCGAAGAAUCAUGUAAGUAAAAUUUGUGUUUUCUUUUUUGGAAAUACAUAUAAAGUGAAUGCAAAGCAUGAAAAAUGGCAUUGAGCAUAAAUAAGAGAAUGAUUAUAAGAGAGAUUUGUGUUAAAUUGAUGAACAAAUCAAUCUGAUAAAUUGAGUACUGCAACAUAGUGUAAAUAUUAAAAAUGUUUUAUCAUUACGACAAAAUAACAAGGCAAAAAAUCCAUCACUUUUCCGCACUGAAAAUCUCUUCUUGAAUGACCAAGAAACACAACACUUUCUGGACCCUCUCAUACUCUCUCUUCUCACUGCCAUCUUAAUCCAUGAAAGACACUACUCUCAUCUCCGCGGAACCGAAGGAGUUGGCAAAGGGCUCACAUUUCAUCAUCGCUUAAUCCCAUGGAUUUUGUCCAAUAAUGUAUGUGAAAUUCAAUGCUGCAACACUUCAAGCCAGAUCUCCUAUAUAAGAGGAUGCCAAUAGAAUCGUUAAGUGAAGCACUGACUAGAUAAUUUUCCACUCUCUCUCUCGACAGCGCGUGAUUUUUAUCGGUGGUGGUUUUGUUGAAAGGCACUUCCGCGGAGAGGCAAUUUCCUGUGAAAAUUCCAUCGGAAGCCUCUAAUUAUGUGACCCACAAUUUUCCCAUUGAAUACCCAAUUGUAGGGCAUCCGCCCAGGUCGUUGAUUGCACUUUCCACACCCGCAGCGACGCUCUAUUCAUUUUUAUUGCCAUGUCAAUUGUCACUGGCUCUAAUUUGAAGUUGGUUUUUGCGCUUUCAUGCUUUUCUCUUUUCGCGCCACUCUCCAUAAAAUCCCGCACACACCCUUUUGCAGGACAUAUAGUAUAUUGACUUGCCCAAAUAUGAUUUCUGGGUUAUCUUCGCGUACCCUAUAUAUUAUGCCACUUCCCUAGUGUCCCCUAUGUUGCCUCAUUGUAUAUGUUUUUUGCUGUUACACAAUAAAUAUAUAGUGAGCUAAAAGGAGCUUAAAAUAGCAAAAAGAAAUCACUCUGUGCAAUAAUUGAAUCGCGUGUAUUAAUGCAAUAAUUAAUUUUAAAAAAAAAACAAGGUUACAAUGAUGAAAAAGGGUAACAAAAGAGCAUGUAAUAGUUGUGAAAAACAAAGAAUAAAUACUUCUCCUCGAACACUUAUUUGAUACUAUUGCGUAGUUUGCCAAAAAAAAACAUGAAGGAGGAAGAAAUCAUUCACAAUGCAUAACAUAAGAAGAAAAAAAGUAAUAUUUAUGAGGAAAAAUAGCAGAAAUCUGUCAUUUAAAAAAAAAAAGAAUAUUUGGUGUAACUUGUAAAAGGAGAAGAAAGAAAUCACAUACACACAGAAAAUAUGGAGAGUAAGUUAAGAUGAUAUAUUUAGACAUUUAGAUGAUGAUGAAUUAUCCUGUAAGACAGCAAAAUGUCAGUCUAUGUCGUGUCAAAUGAAAUAUUUCCACCCUCAAAAUUAUAUACUGUGUAAAUUUAUAUUGACAAGUGUAGUUUCGAUCGCGAUCUUGCAGCAAUGGUUCUCGUUGGAUGUGUACAAUUUUUGGUCGAGAGAGGGUUAAUUUUUAGUCAGAGCUUGACUCAAAAUUCACUCUCUCUCUCUUAAAGUGCACAGUAUUUCUGAAAAGCAAUAAACACCCUGUAAAAAUGAGAAAAUGCCCCCACUUAACGGUGGAAAUUGUGAUAAAAUCUGAGGUGAGAAUGUAUAGAGCAAGAUGAUCAUGCGUUGCAAACCAAUCACCAAUGUGUAGGAGAAGGAUGGAUCUGUGGUGGUAGGCCAUUGAAGAGCCCAUAACCACCUUCCAGCACUCUGAGCUCGAUCUUUUUGACAAGAAAAAAGAAAAAAAAACAUUUAAUUACAUACGUAAGAAUGAAAGUCUCUUGAUUUGCAUACUUGUGAGUGUUGUUAGGAAAUAAAAAGAAGAAAGAACGAGAGCACGAGAAAUCCUCCGAUAGACAAAUGAUUGACCCUUUCAAUAAGUUUGGUGCUAAAGAUAUUUGAUAAAUUCAUGAUCAAUGGACAAGAAGGCAAAAUUUCCCAAGGAAAGAGUCGUAUUUUUUGUGUUUCACGUUAGAGCAUAAAAAGAUGGUUAGCACGUAAGAAAAGGUGUAACUUCAAAGUAGAUGUCUCUCUCUCAAAAAAAAAAAGCAGAGGAAAGUGUCAAUAGGAGAUAAGAUUUGUAAAAUUUACAUAUUUAGGACAUUAAAUAGUGAAAGAUGGCAUAGAAGGAAAAGACUAAUGAAUGUCACCCUUACCAAAAUGAUGUGGAUCAAAUUGUGUGUACGAUGGAAGAGUAAAAAAAAAAUAAGAAAACGAAGAAGGAAAAAAAGGAUAAUCUCGUUCUUGCAUGGAAAAACGUGAAAAAUGCCAAUUUUGUAAAAUUGUCAAAAGCAGACAAAACACACACACGCAGUCUGUACGAUUCAGGACGACAGUGUAAUUUGUACAGUGUAGAUAAAAGAAAGAAAGAAAAAAAAACUGAUAGAGAAGAAAACUGCAACUUAGACUAAAUAUGAUGACUACUAUAGUGAGAAAAAGAACAACCACUCUCAUGUAAAACAUUUUAUAAAUAAAGUUGAGUAUGAAUAGUGAAAGAAAGGA